AUGACCUGUAGUCCAGCUCUUCCAGUAAAUAGUUAUUUCCAGCAAGAGUUUCCCAGUCUGCCGGCAGCUGGGGAUCAAGAAAAAUCAGGCAAAGAGAAAGAUGCAUCUGAAGAGGGCCAUGGACCCAGCUUGAGACCACAAAAUCAAGAAGCUAAGGCUCUUGGGCAGGAAGAUGGCAGUGCUACUCCAGCAGAACAGAGUGAUGGCCAGAAGGCAACAGAGAAGAGGGAUGCACGGUUACCACAGAUCCCACAGCCCAAGAUGAAUGGCCAACAGCAGCCACCCAUCUCGUCUCAGUACAGGGCAAUGAUGCCACCUUACAUGUUUAAUCAGUAUCCUAGAAUGGCAUAUCCUCCUUCCAUACAAGGCCCAACAAGGUUUCCGAAUUCUGAGCCUAGUAGAGGGCCAAGGGGAAGAGGACCGCCUUCGUGGUGUUCAGAGCCUAUUGAGCGCCCAUCCAUUCUUAGUGCUAGUGAACUUAAAGAACUUGAUAAAUUUGAUAACCUAGAUGCUGAGGCUGAUGAAGGCUGGGCUGGUGCUCAGAGUGAAGUGGAUUACACUGAGCAGUUGAACUUCAGUGAUGAUGAUGAGCAAGGAAGUAGUCAAAAAGAGAAGGAAAGUGGUGACGAACAAACACCAUCAAAAGAUUCUCAGAGCCCUGACACCCAGAAAGAAGCAGAAGAACAGACAAAUGCUAAGUCUGCCACCCAGGCUUCUGCAGCAGCAACCAAAGGAUCUUACGGCAAAAAUUCUCAGCUUGAUCAGGAUCGGGGUCCAGCACAGCCCUCUAUACAUGAAAGAGGUGGUCCUCCUCUUCAUCCCAAAUCUAUUCUACCACCGCAUCCUCCUCCUCCUGAUCGCCAACUAGGACCUGGAAGGCAGGGACCCUUUCCUCCUAAACCAGUACCAGAUGAAGAUGAAAUCUGGAAACAGAGGAGAAGACAGCAGUCAGAGAUAUCUGCUGCAGUUGAGCGAGCCCGUAAGCGCCGCGAGGAGGAAGAAAGAAGAAUGGAAGAACAAAGAAAAGCAGCUUGUGCAGAAAAGCUGAAACGGUUAAAUGAGAAAUUUGGCUGUAUGACAAAACCCUCCCGUGAAGACCCUCUGAAAGAGAGAGAGAGGGAGAGGGAAAGGGAAAGGGAGAGAGAAAGGGAAAGGGAGAGGGAGAGGGAACGGGAGAGAGAGCGGGAAAGAGAAAAGGAGAGGGAGAGGGAAAGGGAAAAGAAAAGAGAGGGAGCGGGAAAGGGAAAAAGAAGAAAAAGAAAACUGGAGAAAGCAAAAGAACAAGAAAGGGAAAAAGAGAAAGAAAAUGAGAGAGAAAAGGAAGAAAAAGAGAAGGAGAAGGAGAAAGAAGAGGAGAAACCAGUACAUGAAGCUCCUGAGCCUGUAGAACCUGUGGUAACGCCUGUGGUAGAAAAACAAGAAAGUGAAAGCAGGAAUAACAAGGAAGAAAAAGAAGAACAAGCAAUCUUUACCCGACAAGACAGUGGUCGGAAUGAAAAAGAGAUUUCACAGGUGGCUCAUGAGAGCGAACCAGAGUCAGGAUCUCAACCUCGUCCUGCUGUUUCCUCAGGCUAUUCUAAACAGUUCCAGAAGUCAUUACCACCGAGAUUUCAGAGGCAGCAGGAGCAAAUGAAACAGCAGCAGUGGCAGCAACAGCAGCAAGGUGUAAUUCCACAGUCUGCUCCCUCACAGCCUUCUAGUGGCCCUGUCCCUCCUCCCCAGCAUAGACCUCUUUACCAACCAAUGCAACCGCAUCCACAGCAUUUGGCUUCAAUGGGUUUUGAUCCACGGUGGCUUAUGAUGCAGUCUUACAUGGACCCACGAAUGAUGUCAGGAAGGCCUGCAAUGGAUAUGCCUCCUAUUCAUCCAGGAAUUAUGCCUCCCAAACCACUGAUGAGAAGAGACCAGCUGGAAGGAUCAGCAACGAGCUCAGAUUCAUUUGAACAUAUAGCUCGCUCAGCAAGAGAGCAUGCUGGCCCUUUGUCAGAGCCCCGCAUAAUGUGGGGGUCAGAUCCGUACCCCCACGCGGAACCUCAGCAAGCUAGUUCUCCUCCCAAAGUGUUAGAAGAGCCUGACAAUUUGAGAUCUGAAGCACACUUGGAGCAAGAGCGAGUUGCUGUUCCCGCUGCAGCUUAUCCUGUAGAACACAACCAGCUGGACUCUCAUCCAAAGCCAGACUUCUUCAGAGAACCAGGAGAGGUGGAAGUACAAAAGUUCCCAAGCAGGCCUUUGGAAGAUGCCCAAUCUCUCCAAACUGACACAUCUAACACUAAAGUUAAUUUUGAAGGAAUUGAUGAGAAUGUUUCACGCAGCUCUGCAGAAGAACUCAUGCCUGUUGGGGAAAGUCACUCUUCAUUAAAGAGAAGCAUUUCCCAUGGCUCAAGUCAUUCUCUAAAAUCAGAAGAACAGAGGAUCGAGACAACAGCAAAUAUCCCUAAAAUAAGUAGCAGGCCUGUUGAGUCAAAGGAGACAAUUGAGAGAAUUGAGAUUAAGCCAAAAAAAGAAGUUUUGAUCAAUAAUAGAACAUCCGAAGGACCUAAACUUGAGAAAACAUUUAAACCUAAGUCUGAAACAAGAUGGGGUCCUAGGCCUGGUUAUGGCAGGAGAGAGGAAGGCAGUGACAGACCAAUAAGAAGAUCGGGUCCUAUUAAAAAACCUGUGCUUAGAGAUAUGAAAGAGGAGCGUGAACAGAGGGAAGAGCGUGAACAGAGGAAGGAGAAGGAAGGAGAAAAGAUAGCUAGUGAAAAACCAAGCAAGUCUGAAAAAAGCGACAAAAAGGAAGCACCUCAAGUGCCAGUGCCUCAGACUGAGCCGGAGACAUCCACCUCUAGCAGUGCUCCUCUAGCUAAGAAGAUAGUCCAAGAUGCUGCUCCAACACCAGCAAGCCCAGAGAGCACUCAGGCUGAGACUGCAGCUAAAGUUCCAGUUCAGCCACCCACUCCUCCAGUCUCGCAGCAGCUACCAGCUGCACAGCCUGCUGUUCCACAGCUUCCCCCUGCAAUACUGCAGCAACCACCAACUCAGCCUGUAGCACAGCAGCAGCCACAAGCACAGCAGCCAGUUACCACAGUGAAGGAAGAAAAGCAGACGGAGAAGGUAGUUAACAAGGAGGUUAUAGAGAAACCGCGCUUAGAAACCAGACCGGUAAAAAGAGAGCCUGGCUUACCACCUAGGACGUACUGGAAAGAGGCUAGGGACAGAGACUGGUUCCCAGAUCAGGGAUACAGAGGCAGAGGUCGUGGGGAGUAUUAUUCUAGAGGUCGUAGCUACAGGGGUUCUUACGGAGGACGUGGUCGGGGCAGUAGGGGCCAUAACAGGGAGUAUCCACACUACAGAGAUACUAAGCCUAGAACAGAGCAUGUGCCUUCUGGGCCUGUUAGACAAAGGGAAGAGAGUGAAACUCGCAGUGAGAGUUCAGACUUUGAAGUGAUUCCAAAACGACGGCGACAGCAUGGUUCAGAGACUGAUUCUGACAGCGAGGUCCAUGAAAGUGCAAGUGACACUCUGCUUUCAGACAAAGACAGUCUCAUCAAAGGCAAACACCCAAAAAGAGAAGAGAGAGCUGAUGGCAAGAAACCUACAAAGCCGCUGUCAUUCAAACCUGAAAACAAUAUCAGAGUGGACAACAGAUCUCUGGAAAAAACAUAUAUGAGAGAUGAUGAGAAUAAACCUAAGCCAGGGUUUCUUCCUAAAGGAGAGCCUUCUAGACGAGGCAGAGGGGGGAUGUAUAGACGUGGUGGAAGGGAUCCUGGUGGGCGUCCUCCACGACCAUCCACAAUAAGGAGGCCAGCUUACAGAGACAAUCAGUGGAACCCCAGGCAAGCAGAGAUUAUUAAACCAGAAGAUGGGGAGCCUCCAAGGAGAAAUGAGCAUUAUGGUCCUAUACCAGUUGAUAAAAGACCUCCAAAAUUUGAGAGGAAGUUUGAUCCAACUAGAGAGAGACCACGAAGACAAAGGCCUGCUCGGCCUCCAAGGCAAGAUAAGCCACCACGCUUCAGGCGCCUAAAAGAGAGAGAGGCUGCAUCAAAGAUAAAUGAGGCAGUAACUGGCUCAUCAACUACUGCUGCAGUCACUAAUGCGGUUACUGAGCCCUCCAGUACUGCUCUGGAUGUUUCAGGAAGUAAGACACCAGACUUGUCUAAUCAGAAUUCUUCAGACCAGGCAAAUGAGGAGUGGGAAACGGCCUCAGAAAGCAGUGAUUUUAAUGAGAGGCGUGAAAGGGAUGAGAAGAAAACAGCAGAUAUAGCAGCACAGGUGGCUGCAAAAGCAGGAGAAAACACUGGAGUUCCAAAAAGGGAAAUAGCCAAGAGAAGUUUCUCUAGUCAGCGGCCUGGAAUAGACCGUCAAAACAGACGUGGUAACAGUGGGCCAGCUAAACCAGGGAGGACCUUCUCAGGGCCUAGGAGUGAGAGGCGGAGUGGUCCUCCACCCAGAAGUGGAAAAAGAGGGUUCCACAGCAAAGCCAGAAUGUUUCAAGUCUCUGACUCUGAUGGCUGCAGAGAGCUUCUGGCAAGGGAGCCUGUGAAACAUUUCAUACUGCCAUUUGAAGACCAGACUGCAAGCGUGCCUGGGGUUGAUCCUAGCAACAACAACUCUUUGCAUCAGGAAGAAGGAGGUGUUAAUGCAGCAGGACAGAAGAGUACCAAGGAUGCCAGUGGCAAAAAGAGAGAAGAACCUAAAGCUGGUCCAAAAAAGCCUAAGGAAAAAGUGGAUGCUUUGUCUCAAUUUGAUCUUAAUAAUUAUGCAAGUGUUGUGAUCAUUGAUGAUCAUCCUGAAGUGACAGUAGUUGAAGACUCUCAGUCUAACUUGAAUGAUGAUGGAUUCACUGAAGUGGUGUCAAAAAAACAACAGAAACGCUUGCAAGAUGAAGAGCGCAGAAAGAAGGAGGAACAAACAGUACAGGUUUGGACCAAAAAAGGAUCGAGUGAAAAAGGUCGAGGUCAAAAUUCCAAACUCCCACCCAGGUUUGCCAAAAAGCAGCAGCAACAGGCAGCAGCUGCAGCUGCACAGCAGGCACAAGCUCAGGCACAGACUCCAUGUGCAGCACAGACUCCAGGUCAGCCACCAGCUUCCGUUCAGCCUCAAAAUCAGGCUGCAGGAGGGGCAGCAGCCGGCACAGAAUUCACGGUGUCAGGCAAAGUCUUGCAGAACACCCAGGCUCACAAUGGUCUGGGAACUGAACUAUGGGAAAACAAGGUGCCUCCUACAGCAGUUCUGAAUGACAUCUCCAAAAAAUUGGGACCUAUUAGUCCACCUCAGCCGCCUUCAGUGAGUGCUUGGAACAAGCCUUUGACAUCUUUUGGAUCAGCUACAUCUCCAGAGGGAGCAAAGCCUGGGCAAGAAGGUGGAGUCGAGCUUGGUAUAGAAACUAUUCAGUUUGGAGCCCCUGCUUCCAGUGGUAGUGAUAAUGAAGUUGGCCCUGUACUUUCUGAGAAGUCGACUGACAAGCUACCAGAACCAAAAGAGCAAAGACAGAAACAGCCUCGGGCUGGACCCAUCAAAGCACAAAAGCUUCCAGACUUGAGUCCAGUAGAAAACAAAGAGUAUAAACCCGGUCCUAUUGGGAAAGAGCGUUCUUUAAAGAACAGGAAAGUGAAGGAUGCCCAACAGGGAGAGCCUGAGGGACAGGAGAAGUCAUCUCCCACCUCUGUGAGAAGUCCAGAACCUGUCACUGCAAAGGAAACCAAAGCGACAAGUGAACUGAGUACGGAAAUAGGAACAAUGAUAUCUGUGUCUGCUCCAGAGUUCGGAACAAGCACAAAGGAGUCUGUAACAGACUACACUACACCUUCUCAUCCUAACACAGUGGCUACUAGCAGUACAAAAAUGGAGGAGACUUUGGUGACGAACGUGCCCCUGCCCCACACCCUUCCCCUCCCUAGGAGGGAGACUCUACAACAGAGCUCCAGCCUAACUCCAGUUUCUCCCGCUACCGUCGACCUCACCCUCAAGAUGGAGUCUGCACGUGCUCUAAUGGAAUAG